AUGGUUCUUUCGUCGUUUGGAGCUCAUAGCAAGCUAUCGGAGAUGGCUUCAUGGCUUCAAAAAAUGAAGGAUUCUAACAUUUCCUUUUCAAUACGGACGUACAAUUCUUCAUGCCCAACAAUCACGUCCUUGCUCAAAGACCUGAAAUCUGUCCCCCUUUCAAUGGAGGAUCUGAAAGGAAGGCUACAGAAAGAUGAAACCUUGUCGGUUGAACAAGUAAUCGGAUAUUCUGUACUGGUGGAUGCCUUGAAAUGGUGCCCUUCGGAGGGGAAGUUGGAUUUACACGGAAUGCACUUGGCUACUGCUUAUUUGAUCAUGCUUAAGUGGGUACAAGUGCUAAGAUCAAGGUUUAGAGCGGGAAGUUGGGUAACUCCGACGAAGUUUAGGGUGAUAUGUGGAUCGGAAAAGCAUAGCAGUGUGAAAGGGGAAUCGCCAGGGAAAGCCCUGGUUAAACAGAUGAUGGUUCAGAUGAGAAGUCCGAUGAAAAUUGAUCCAACCAAUGUGGGAUGCUUUGUUGGCAAAGGAAAGGCCGUGAGGGACUGGCUAAGAUCGGGGGGGUGGGAGAGAGAGAGAGAGAGAGAAAUGUGA